AUGCAAUUUAUCUGUUCGCUUAUCGUUGCUCUCACAUUUCUUGUAAUAUUGCACAAGACAUGUGCAAAGAAUGAUGAUUUCAUAUCGAUUUCAAGUGGAACUUCAUUUGGUCGAUGUGUUGGACGUUGUCGUCAGUCAAUAACUCUGAUGUCUGAUCCUCUCCAAGUUGUUAUUUCAAGAGAGGCAAAUUCUAAUCAAGCAAGUUAUCCACCAAUUCAUGUUACAUCACCUAUAAUCUUCAGUGAAUGGAACAAACUUGUUAGUUCUGUUAACUUGGACAUUUUUCAAAAAUUAGAUGAUAGAAUCGGAUGUCCUGAUUGUGCUGAUGGUGGAGCAGAAUGGAUACAAGUUGAUUGGAAUAAUGGAAGUAAACGAGUAACAUUCGAGAAUGGACGAACAGUACAAGGCCUAGAGGAACUUAUCUUAACAAUGCGUCAAAUUAGACAAAUCUAUUUAAGUAAAAUGUAA